GGCCGGGGCCGGCUCGCGCACCUUCGUGGGGAGGAAGCGAGGUCCCCGGGAGGAAGGAAUGGAUUUGGUCUCCCCGCAGUCUGGUUUACACGUAAAGAAUGCAGCCAUCUGGCGGCUUGCGGUCCCUGGACUUGCCCCGAAGGUUGAAAUUGCGCAAAGAUUAGACACCGUUUGAGACGGUGUUCUUGAACGCCACCGACAACAGUAUUUCAUGACAGGAUACAUUAAGUUGUAAGUCAGGGUUGCCCGUACUAUAUCUGAGGAUUACACAGUUGAAAAGAAAGAGAUGGAUGGUGACAGUUCUACGACAGACGCUUCUCAACUAGGAAUUUCUGCAGACUAUAUUGGAGGAAGCCAUUAUGUUAUACAGCCUCACGAUGAUACUGAGGAUAGCAUGAACGAUCAUGAAGACACAAACGGUUCGAAAGAAAGUUUCAGAGAACAAGAUAUAUAUCUUCCAAUUGCAAAUGUUGCAAGGAUAAUGAAAAAUGCCAUACCUCAAACGGGAAAGAUUGCAAAAGAUGCCAAAGAAUGUGUUCAAGAAUGUGUAAGUGAGUUCAUCAGCUUUAUAACAUCUGAAGCAAGUGAAAGAUGCCAUCAAGAGAAACGGAAGACAAUCAAUGGAGAAGAUAUUCUCUUUGCCAUGUCUACAUUAGGCUUUGACAGUUAUGUAGAACCUCUAAAAUUGUACCUUCAGAAAUUCAGAGAGGCGAUGAAAGGAGAGAAAGGAAUUGGUGGAGCAGUCACAGCUACAGACGGACUAAGCGAAGAGCUAACAGAGGAGGCAUUUACCAACCAGUUACCGGCCGGCUUGAUAACUGCAGAUGGUCAGCAACAAAAUGUUAUGGUUUACACAACAUCAUAUCAACAGAUUUCUGGCGUUCAGCAAAUUCAGUUUUCAUGAUCUGAAGAAAUGAUGGAAUGGGGAAUAUAGAGAAGCAAGAGCGUCUGUAUGAUUCCGAAGCAGAGACAUUAGAAGGAAAUGAGUGGUGAAAGGAUGUGUCUUUGUAUAUUAAAUCGCUGUAAUGUAGCUUCCUGAUGCUUGACUAAUUGAGGUGUUAAUUCUGACUUGAGAAUCUUUUUCAUGAAUGAUUUUAAAGAAAAAAUUUGGAUUUUAAAGGUAUUAAAAUAUUUUUGUUUUGUACAAGAGUUUGUUGCUCUGUAUGACUCCUGUAUGCAUUGUAUAUUGCAAUUUAUUACUGUCAGAGAUUUGUAGACAGUUUCUUAUUUUCAUAUUGAAUCAUGUUACUUUUGUAAUUCAAGUAAGCAGCUGGGUUAAUUCAUGAUGUUGCCCUUUUAAUAAAAUAUAAGGGUAGAGUUCAUUUUGAAUGCAAGUUGCCUUUAUUAUAAAUUUGAGUUUGUCUUGGUUAUAUAUCUUGCAUGAUAACCUAGCUAGGUUUUUAGUAUUUGCCAUAUUUAUUAAAAUUAAUUUUUUUGUAAAACAUUCAUAGCUUAAGCAGCACCAUUUUUUAAAAAAUGUAAUUGAAAAAUUAAGUGUGAAUGCAGAAGCAAAUAUUGUCUGCCCUCAAACUCGGUGCCCGUUAACAGUGUUUACACUGUUCUUUGUGCCUGUCAAGAUAGUUUUAGUUUAUUGGAGCUUUUGUUAAGAGCAGAUUUGUUUAUUAUGAGUGUUGGAAUUCAUUUAGGUUUAAUAUAGUCCCAGUGCUCAUGAAAUGGUGCCCCUUUCAUUUUGUAUAUGAUUUUUUCCAAAGCCUAUCUUCAAAUACUAUAGUAUCCUCUUCCAGAAGAGGAAUUUUAUAGUCUGAUGGUAAAUGUCAUUUUACCUUUUUAAUUGAAAUGUCAAGUUUCCUAUUAUACUAUGGGAACCAACAAACGUCAGACAUCAUUGUGUGUAUACUGACCUGUUCCUGCAUGGGCGAGUGGAUGCAGUGAAGAAUAGAAUGAGUGCUGUGAACGGUGUGAAACAGAAGCCGCCAACUUCUAGUGUGCUGUCUCGAUCUUUGCAAUAAACUAAACUUAGAUAAUGUAA